GCAUUGGGCAGUGCAAUGUAUUUGUGCCAAGACAGAGUGGAUGUGCAAUUUUGCGUGAAGAUGUUGAGCAGCAAGAUGAGUCGGCCAACAAAGCAAGCAGAUAUAUGUAUGAGGCAUUUGAUUCUUUACUUGAAAGGAGCGAGUGAAUAUGCGGUAUUGCUGAAAUUUACAGUACCUGGACGCAGGAUGAUUCAUAUUCUGAAUGGUGCAACGCAGCAGCAAGGCGGGGAUCAUGUGGUGGAAGCAUUUUGCGACAGCGACUGGGGUGGAAACAAGGUGACGCGGCAAUCUACCACCAGUGUCGUUAUUUGUAUCAAUGCAGUUCCUUGCUAUACGUAUUGCAGAGGACAGAGGUCGAUUGCAACGAGCAGCUGUGAAGCUGAAAUUCUUGCAUGUACAAGCGCAGCAAGUGAAUCGCUGUUGAUAAGGGCAUUGUGGAGCUUUCUGGUUGGAACAGAUGUGCAGCUUGAGUUGAGGAGCGAUAGUUCAUCUGGAAGGCAGUGGUUGCAACGUGCAGGAGUUGGGCGACUGAAGCAUUAUCAGAUCAGAUUGCUUUGGUUGCAGAAAUCAGUGAGAGAAAAGGAGUUGCAGGUGUUGCCCGUGGGGACGCGGGUGAAUGUUGCGGACAUCAACACGAAACGUCUUUCUGCAAAGAGACGAAAGUUUUUGUUGUUUUUCUUGUCAGUGGUUGAGCUUGAAGGAAAAGCUGAAUGGUCGAAUGUGGGGAAACAUGAGUUUUGCAUGGAGAAGAACAUGAAGAAUGCCUUGGGAUAUUUUCCAAAGGAUCAGGUCAUGAGAUGUAUUCUCUUGUCCCAAUUUGGGAGGACGAAUGGACAGCAAAUGUGCAAUGCGAAUGAGGAGCCGCAAAUGUGGUGGUGGAAUGGAUUUCAGAUUUUCAUGUGGAUUAUUCUUGUAUUGUUUCUUUGUGGUGUUUUCCGAAUUUUUCAGAUGGCGAGAUGCGCAUGGUUGAACUUGGAUUCUCGGUUGAGACGAAUCGAGGAUGAAGUGUUGAAGAACGAGCGAGCGAUUGGAUCAAUCAGGAGAGAAAUGAACGCUUGGCAAAACAGGCGAGAGGAGAGCGAAGAUUCUGAGGACAACAAUGAGGACGACUGGCGUGAGAUGCAUUAUUGGGAGCGGCCAGUUAGAGAAGAUGGCCAUGAGGAAGAUGGACCAUUUCAGGUGUUCGAUGGAGCACCAGGAGAUGCAGAGGAAGAACCGGCUACCUGACCGCGAAGGACGGACCCGCGCCUUACCAUGCAAGGACUCUAGGCAAGCGGCUGGCCUGGGCCAGUGAAGUCCCCGAGCACUACUCGUUGGCGGAUGACUUCAUCAAGCCCUUUUGUGACAUGGAAGGUGCGCCAGUCUGCAGCAGGAAGCUCAACAAGGGUCCCCGGGACUUCAUGCCUACGGCUUUACUGGUGGCAACAAGCAAUCACCCUCCCCGUGUGACUCGACCGGAUGGGAUGCUGCGGCGGCUUCGAGUCUGCCAGACAACGGUCAGCUUCACCUAGAAGCCGUCCAUGGCCACCGAGGAGCGAGCCGUGGAUGGCCUCAAGACCCGGAUAAACCGAGGAGAGUUCAACAAGUACAUCUUCUUCCUUGCGGCAAAUCUCGUGGACUCGGUGGAGAUGGAGUACAACCCAGGCACCGAGAUCAAGACCCGGCAAGUCACGUGAACAGAUGGCGUGCUUGCGCAAGGAAAACACUAUCCAACCCUUGCUGUCUUAGCGCACCUCAGAUGUCCAACCCUUAGAUGCCUCGGUGCCUGAGGCUUCUGCGGUCUCGACGUCUUGCUCGGGCAGGUCGAUAGGUCGAGGACACGGACGCAUGGGGAUUUAGAUUUUUAUAAUGUCGUCGUCCGAGAGACUUGGGGUGCUCGUGCAGGCUUGUCUUUUUGUCAACCUUCAACCUUGCCUCCAUUCCAACCAAAUGUUUUGAAGGUGGCUUGCGUGCACGGGCAAACUCAGGAAAAUCAUGCUAGGGUUCCCCAAAAACACUCAAAGUACUACAAGUUUCCAGCGCCUUAUGCAAAGUUCCCAGCUUGGUCCAAAGUAGCCGUAAUCAGUCGAGGGUCCUGGGCCUUGGAGGCGCCAGGAAGUCGUCCAGCUGCCUGACAGCUGCCGGCCUGCCCCGCCUCGUCAGUCGGCCCGCCGCGUUGCCGCUGCCCUGGGGCGCCGGUCUCCCGGCCCUCGGUGCUCCGGACGGUCAUGGAGUCCACGGCCCGCAGCUGCUGCACGUCGCCGUACUGAGGGUUGAAGCUCCUCGCCGCGUUCGUCGGUGCUCGGAAAGCGCCCGCCACUGCCUUGAUGCGGCGGUUCGUCAAGUCCUUGUUGUGCUGGAACCUGGCGUUGUCUUGGAGGACCCUGAACUCUGUGGCCGGCUGCUUCUCCACGUCUUCCGGGGCGCCAUGCGCCGUCUCGUGGGGCCGCGCGUUGUAGGCCGAAGCGGUCUGCUCAAAGUGGUCGCUCCACUGGCCGCCCUUGCGGGCCACGCGCGUGGCCAGGUCCUUCUUCAGCGUCUGGAGUCCCCGGUCCACCACGGCCGUGGCGUUGCGGUCCUCCGGGCGCUUCGUUCGGUGCACGGCUUCCGCGGGCAGCUCCCGGUCCAGCGUAGCGAACUCGUUGCCCAGGUCGGUCGUGACCACGAAGUUCUUGUCGUCCCCCGUCAGCUCCUGCGUGGCACGCUUCUUUGUAUUUUUGGUAUUUUAUGUUUUGGUAUUUUUUGUUUCGCGUGGGCUUUUUUUUUGGUAUUUUUGUUAGUUUAUGUGGUUGGUUUUUUUGUAUUGGAAUGGCUGUUUUUUUUUUUUGUUUUUGUUUUGUUGUUUUUGUGGUUUUUUUGAUUUUGGUAUUUGUUUUGUCAUUAUUUUUGCCUUUUGUUUUUUUUGGUUUUGUUUUUAUUGGUUGGUGGACCGGUCCGACCGUUUCGGCGUUUCUUGUUUUGCAGAGGUUUUCCACGGCACAGGCCUUCCGGGUGAAGACUCCUGCAUGCAGCCGGUCGUUGGCCCCUCGGCGGCCGACUUGCCCAGCGCGCGGCCGGGGCGCCUGCACCUGCCGGCCCACGUCGGCCUUCAGCGCCUCGAAGGCCAUGGCCUGCGUCACGUCGAGGUCGCGCUGCCUCGCAAGUCGGUACAGCUUCCGCGGGUCACGCACGUUGAAGUCGUCGGCCAGGUCCCUCAGCGCCUCCAUGUUUACUUGUUCUUCGGCCCCCGCUGCGCCUGCCAGGCUUCCACCUCGUCCAGCCGGGCCUGGAAGCCCUUGCACACCCCCCACAGCACGCUGGUGAGGUGAGAGUA